AUGGGUCAGAGCGGAAUGGAACCGGGCAUCCUCCAUCUGACAUAUUGUGAAACUUUUGGAGGCACAAUCUUGACACCGUACAUACGAAAUGGCAGUUAUUCUUUGGCAAGGAAGUUAUCCACAGUUGACUCCAAGAACUUUUUGGGCAUUAAGAGUCAUUCAGGGUUCAUGACAGUGAAAAAAGAAUACGAUUCCAAUAUUUUCUUCUGGUACUUCCCCCACGACAGGUCGGCAGAGAAGCCAUGGGUAAUUUGGCUGCAGGGAGGACCAGGGUUUUCGUCUCUGGUCGGACUCUUUCAUGGUGUAGGGCCUUUGAAAAUUGAGGACUCUAAAGUAAAUCUACAAAAAGGAACGUGGGCAAAUGACUAUUCUCUGCUAUUUGUGGACAAUCCUGUCGGCGCCGGCUUCAGCUAUACGCGCGACGACAGAGGCUAUACGAGUGGGCAAGACGAAAUCGGUGAACAGCUGCUAGAGUUCCUGGUCCAGUUCCUCCAAGUGUUCUCAGAGCUGCAGGAUGCGCCCCUGUUCAUCGCAGGGCAGUCUUACUCAGGGAAAUACGUGCCGACUCUAGGACUCUACAUCCACAGAUACAGGAGUAAAGGGGGACGUAUCAAUUUGAAGGGCAUAUCUAUUGGCAACGGCCUGAUCGACCCAAGGAACCAGGUCGCUCACAGCGAGCUCUGCAGCCUUCUUGGUCUAUUGGGAAUCGACGAUUGUCACAGGCUGCUGAAAAUAGAGAGAGAAUGUAUUGCGUAUUUGGACAGAAGCAGGAUGAUCGACGCUGCUAAUAAAUUCAACGAGUCAAUAGAAUUUAUAAAAGCCAAGAGCGGCGUAAACGUCUACAAUCUGGAUAAGGAUCCGAUGUCCACUGCCUUCCCUUUAGAGGCGUUUGUGAACCGCGCGGAUGUGCGUGAGUGGAUCCACGUGGGUGAAACUACCUUCAAUCUGAACAAUCAGCACGUGUACAACAAGAUGCUGCCCGACUUCAUGAACACCACCAGGCCGUUUGUGGAGGAGCUCUUGGAACAUUACGGGGUGUUGUGUUAUAGUGGUCAACUGGACGUCAUCCUGCCGUACGCUCUGUCCAAGCGAGUGUACUCACAGCUGCGCUGGUCGCGACGCAAGCAGUAUGAAGAUGCGCCGCAGAUGCGCCUGCGCAAGUCCAGCAAUGGAGCAGUUGUUGCCUACCGGCAAAGUGGCGGCAACUUCGUAGACGUGGUGAUCCGACACGCGGGCCACAUGGUGCCGAGCGAGCAACCAGAGCUCUUUCGAUUUGUGCUGAAGGCGUUCAUAGAAGAAUUUAAAUGA